AUGGAUUUUGAUCGCGCGAUCAACCUUGUUGUCAAUGACGCCUCAUUGCCGCCCCAUUUGAAGACGGUUAUGAAUUUCUUAGUCGAUUUAAAGGAUCAGAUUGGAUAUGUCCUAGCUAGAAAUAAGGAACUCCAAGAGGAAAAUGAGAGUGUCCGCCGAAAAAAUAGUGAGUUGAUAAGUGAAGUAAACAGCCUCAAUUCUCAGAUAAUUGUUUUGAAAAAGGCUUUGUCUUCUCAUGAAAAUUUCAAUCAGUCUCAAGUUUCUUCUCAGCCUAGUACGUUGGUAAACAAUUUUGAGGAAGUGGAGCGUAGGCGCUCAGUUGUUAUCAUAGGAGUUAAGGAAUCUUCUGCCGCACUUUCUUCUGAUCGAGUUCUGUAUGACUCCUCUUGCGUCAGGCAAAUUCUUGAUUACCUAUCUGUCGAUUGUCGUCCAAUUUCAAUCUACCGCAUGGGACGCUUUGUGCCCAAUAAAGCAAGACUCUUGAAAGUUGUUUUCCCCUCGUCCUUCUUUGCUUCGUUACCUUCUCUGUCUAAAUCAGAACGUGAUCUUUUGAGAGUUCAAAGGCUUACUCGUGUAGCGACUCAUGUUUCACCUUCUGUUUGUGUUAAUAACGGAGAAGCUGAGCCUUCUUCUACUGUUGGUAAUAGUACUGUUCUCAGUCAAGCUCCAGGAAUUUCGGAUGCUUUGACUCUACUCAUUAAAAGUGGCAUUGACAUUAUUGCUCUAACUGAGACCUGGCUAAAUCCGGCGGCUGACUUGCCCCCACUGUUGAGCGAUGCUUGUUCCAAUUAUACAGUGAUCAGAUGCGACCGAGAUUCUGCAAGGGGAGGUGGUGUUGCUAUGUUGGUUCGCAACUCUCUCGCCCCCGUGGUCCUAUUCAGUGAGUCCGCACCAAGGGGUUAUGAAAUUCUCUGUUGUGAUGUACGCACUGGUCUCAGCUUGACACGAUUUGUACUAGUUUAUCGAACCCCCAGUUGCACAGUUGCCUUGACUGAUCAAAUGCUCAAAGCUAUUAGUGAUGUUAUAUCUUGCAAUUCGUCCUGUGUUGUGACAGGAGAUUUUAAUUUCCCCGAGUUACAGUGGGAUAGUUCGCCGAAAAUAACUGGUAGUUCCAGUGCCCUCAAUUUCAGGACAUUUUGUCAAAAUUAUGGUCUUGCUCAGCUGGUUCGUGACUGUACUAGGGGUGGACACCUACUUGACCUCGUCAUGUCGAACGAUGUGAGCUUAAUCUCUGACGUUGAAGUGAAGUCCCCGCUAGGCUUUAGCGAUCACUACUCACUGCAUUUCAAAGUAAAUGUGUGCGCACCGACCCGAUCUACA